CGGACCUGUAGGUGUGGUAGGCUGUCUGCUUAACAGGGAUUAUAGGGUAAACAACCCUCUCUUCCUCUACCACUCUCCUCCUACCUCCUAAGCACUGAAGCCAAAGCUAGUGAGACGGAAUGGGAAGAUUCUACAGACACGGGAGGUUUUCUUGACGUGGCGGCAGAUCUAGAAGACCCCUGAGAUGGAUGAGGAAGUAAAUCCACUGGAGAGAGACCACUCAGUCUCUGUGGUUCUGCCAGGGGGGCUGGAGAAAAAUGCAACCGUGCAUGGAAGUAAACCUGUGAUGGACUUGCUGGUGACACUUUGUGCCAGUUACCACCUCAAUCCUUCUGACUACACCGUCGAGGUCCUGUCACCCAAUAAGAAUAACAUAAGCUUCAAACCAAACUCUCCCAUCGGUUCGCUAGAAGCAGAUAAGAUAGUGCUGAAGCCCAAAGGAGCGGAGGAAAAACCUAAACAGCCCUACAUGCCUGAGGCCACUGUACGUCUUCUAAUCAACUACAAUAAGUCCCACAAAGCUGUGGUGCGAGUAAAUCCCAGAAUCCCCCUGGAGUUCCUGCUGCCACAGGUCUGUGACAAGUGUGAGUUUAAUGUAGAAACGACCAUCUUGCUGACAUACUCACACUCCAAAGAGCCGCUGGAUAUGACCAAAACUUUAAAUGACUAUGGGCUGAGGGAGGUGUUCGCCAAAGACACAGCGAGGAAGGAGCCUCAGCAGCGACCGUCGGUAUCUGAAUCGGCUGACACUCCGACCAAAGUCAUCUCACCACCUCCAGUAGAAGAGCUGCCAAAGAAGGAGAAGACGACGACUAGAGGAUUCCUCAGUUUAUUCCGUAGACAAAAGAAAAAGUCUGAAAUGGAUGGGGCAGUAAGUGCUCCAACAUCUCCUGAUCUCAACAAACAAACAUCAGGUAGUCUUAACACACUGAGUGGACCGUCUUCCAAUACCCUGCCAGCGGAUAUGCCAAAGAAGAGGCGGGCGCCCCAGCCUCCUAUAGGGGCAUCACAGAGCAUCCCAAACAGCCUCGGCACCUGCCAUUUAAGAACACCACAGAGGUCUGCUGAUUCUACAUUGAGGAGUACGAAGAGGAGGGCUCCUCUUCCUCCUUGUGCAAACUCUCACCAGGAGCUGCAGGUUGACACUGAGGUUAAAGUGACGGCACAGCCUCUGAACGCUCUGAAGGAACUGUCAGAGUGUGAUGAGUCAGACUCUGUAAACCUAUCAUUAUCCUCAUCAUCAUCACCACAUCCAUCACAUCCACAGUCAUCUUCAUCUUUCUCACAUCCAUCAUUGGUUCAUCUCCAUCAAGUGGCUGAUUCAUACCUGCCCACAAUCCGAGGGAAAGAUUUAUCUGACGCCCGCUGUGCUCUUGCCAAAGUACUGACAUCCUCUCUCUCUGGGGGAACACUGGUCAAGCGUCUGAAGAACUCUGCCUCCUUCCCAAAAAUGCACCAUGGUUCCCCCUUUAGGUCAGUGACCGAGUGGUGUCCAGAAAAUGGGGUUGUGAGGACAGAGUGUGAUUCAGGUCUUAAAACUGGCCUCUUCACUGAGCAUGAGUGGGAGGAUCCUGUAGAGAGGAAAAGACUGACCACAUUCAAGGUUGUUCCUUUAAAGACAAACAUGUCCCACAUCUUAGAAAUCCCCCUGGAUGUCCCAGAACAGUACCGGAUAUCAGCAGGAGAUUCACCUGAGAUACACCAAUGCUCUCCUGAGACUGAGGAUGCAUGUUCUCCAGAUAAUUCAGUGACUGAAAUAUGUUUUCUCAAUCCAGAUCUACAUUCUCAGGAGUCUCAGGCCUCAGUGUCCACUCCACCACCACUAGAAUUGGACAGUCAGAGAUGUCCACCUCUUUCUAAAGUUGAGGAUGUUGUUGAAGCACCAAAGGAAGUGUCCAAGGUUGGGGACGUUGGAGAAACAUCAAAGGAAGAGUAUGAGGUCAGCAGUGUUCCUGAACCACCGGAGGAAGAGUAUGAAGUUGGAGACGUUGUUGAAACACCCAAGGAAAAAGAAGAACCUGUAGAAGACACAGACGUGGGACCUGAUUCACCAUCUGGCCAAAGUCAUGGGGAAGUUACCAGUGACUUAAAUCCAGAGGACCAUAAAAUCCCCAGGUCACACUCUGAGAGUACAGACAAAGAUAAAUGUAACGCAUCUGGUGAUGAGAAAGUUGAAGAGGAACUGGCCCUAAAAGAAGAAGAAGAAGAAGAAGAGAGCUUUCCUCCCCCUCCACCACCUGUUUUCUUUACUGAAGAUCAGAUCAGAUCUGAAAUCAUGGAGGAAGUGAGAGAAGUCAGUUCCACUUCCUCUCUCCCCUCCCCACAGAUGUCAAGUCCCUUCUCCAAUGGGAAAAUCAGUGCAUCUGGUGAGGACCACAAAAGUGAGCCGCCUUCAGAUCUGCCUGAUGAGACCUGUUCUAGACCUAAGCUUCUGGGCAUGAGCGCAGGCCCAUCUCGAUUUGCACAGGCAGUGGCGUUGGCUGUUCAGAAGUCCCGCCUCCUGGGCCACGGAAAAGUUUCGGGCCCACAGGUCUCUGGUGGUUCACAUAGUACUGUCCCAUCAGCGCCCAGGUCCACAUACCAGUAUGGUGCCUGACUGCAUUCCUCCUGCAUAUUUGAUGGAAGUCCAUGUUUAGGGUGGGGAUUCGGAGUCAACCAAAGACAUCAGACUGACCAUGUAACAUUGAAUAUUUUAACCAACCAAAGAUCAGCCAACUGAGACCAAUAACUGAACUUCAUCCUUUUUAUUUGACACAACAGAAGCCACUGAGUUUGUAUAAUUAUUUUUAUUUUAAUUUGUGUGUUUUGUGAUCCUCACAUUUUUGCGCAGGCACCUUAUUUUCUUACUUUAUACAUGAUUUAUGUGCAUGUGUUGAACAUGAACAUUUUCUGUUGUAUUUAUGGCCAAAUGUACAGGACAUGAGUUGUUGAACUGACCAUGUCCUGUUUUUUUCUUUUCUUCCUCUUAAACCUUUUCUGAAGAUGUGCCAAGGCGGAUAUAAAGCUGACGUGAGAGAUUUUUUUUUUUUUUUUUUUUUUUUUCAUUUAAUAGCAAAAAAAUCUUGUAGUUAUAAAAAGGCUUAUUCUGUAUUUAUACCUGUUUUUCUUGACACCCUUUUCUUUCAGUUCUCAUGCUUUCAAGCAUUGAUAAUGCAGUCAAACUAAUGUACUUUCAGACUGGUGUACUUUAUGGACACCAGGUGGUGCAAGAGCACUGUUUUGUAAAAUAGAUGUCUUAAUCAUAACCAUGUGUGAGGUCUGUUAUAUCGCCCGAAUCCUGGCGGGUACCAAAAGUGACUAAAUUUAGUAUAUUUUGAGAGUUAAAAUAUUUAAUACAUUUUCUUUGCACUCAGAAGUCAUGCGUGGAAAUCAUUCAAAGCUUUAUUCUAAUGUUCAAUUUCCCUUCAGUGUCUUUCCAACUUUGCUGAAGGCUGUCUGUCCAAGAAUCCAUAUAAUAUUCAAGGACAUUUCCAGAAUAAAAACUACAUGUAAUAUUAAAAGGGGACAUGAGAAUAUCUUUUCUUUCGAGUAAGAAAAUGUAAAAAAAAAAAAAAAAAAAUCCUUCUUGGAAGCAUCCCUUCCAUGCCAAGCAUUUCAACACCUUCCUGAGUAAACUCAGUCCACUUUGCUCACAUGCGCACACUGUUAUGUCUUUAACGGACCCAUACCUCAGGGCAAUACUGCAUAGCUAUACUUGGGUGCCAAAAGAAUUCGUACCACUAUAUGUAUUGAUCCAGCCCUGGCCUUGGAGGAACAGCAAGGAGCGAUGCGAGGUAGAGACCCAGCCAGAACUGCCUGUGGCUAAAGCUCCUUGUUUGCCAGGCCUGGACUGAGUGGGCUCGCUUCAAGACUUUAUUUCUCUCUCUCUCUAACAUUCCUUGCUCCACCUGAGAAACGAAGGGGAGAGAGAGUGGAGGACGGGUGCUGGUGGAUGAUGGGAGGUGACCGUUGACCCUGUCGUGUUUCCACGACGCUCCCCCCAGAGGGGGCGCCCAGCCCUCAAGGGCACAGCCGUGUCACACUGCCGUUGUCAUGGAGAAUGCCAUUACCGCCCCUAAGGGAGAGAGCCACGUCUAACGUUUAUAUAAAAAAAAAAAAAUAUCUGUGGAAAAAGAAACACACAUGCUGGAGAGAAGCUCUUUUCCAGCCCAAAGCAAUGAUAUCCAAAGUAAGUGACAACUCUGGCAUUAUCCUUUUUUUGCAGUGAAAGGUUGAAUUUCAGCCUGAGCAUAGAUGUUCAACUCCGUCUCAUGAUUAUGCAGACACUGAUGGCACAAAGGAAACCUGGAUUUCUAACACAACACAACAUGAAAUGCUACUCUGUCAUGUACAUUUAUGAUCCAGCGUGUGACAUAAGUUGCUAUCAGCACCAAUGAACCUUUAAACAAAACAGACAUCUACAUAAAAAAAAAAAAAAUCUGUUGAUUAUUCGACUUGUCCUCUCUGGAGACGAGUGGAGAGAGGCUUUAACAAAACAGGGGGUUGUAAAUCCAGGAGGACACUUCAGUCACAUGAGCACAUCUUGGUUCAAACAAAUUAAUGAGAAGACCGUGGUGUGAAUGCAAGAUCAGUCUGAGCACGAAACAGCUGAACAAACAUGUAUAGUUUCAUUUCAUAAAGCUCAUAUUCUAAGUGCAAA